CUCCACUUUUUGGUGUCCCUCCCUCUUCCUUCUCAGGGGUUGAAGCAGAGACUUCAGAGCACAAAGCCUUCUGAAGGAGGCUCUCAACUGAAGGGCCUGCCAUGGCCACCACCAGGGCUCUUCUGGUGCUGGCCUUGCUGGCAGGGGUUGUUCUGGCUGACCAAGAUUCGUGCAAGGGUCGCUGCAUUGAAGGCUUCAACAAAGACAGAAAGUGCCAGUGUGAUGAGCUUUGUUCUUACUACCAGAGCUGCUGUGCGGACUACAUCGCUGAGUGUAAACCCCAAGUGACACGUGGGGAUGUGUUCACUCUGCCAGAAGAUGAGUAUAGCACUUAUGACUAUGAAACCUCAGACAAUAUCAGCAGCACCCAUACACAACCUGAGAGUGACAGGCUGAGCCCCACAUCUCAGAGCCAGCCAGAAAGGAUUACAGGAGAGCCUACUCUAAAUCCUGAGGAAGAGGCCUUCGAGCCUUCACAGGUGACUUCAGGGCCUGAGGAGGCAGGUCAUGGGCUUGGAACCACUCAAGAUACUGUGAGGCCCCUAACUGAGGAAGAGCUCUGCAGUGGCAAACCCUUUGACGCCUUCACCGAGCUCAAAAAUGGUUCCAUCUUCGCUUUCCGAGGGAAAUACUGCUAUGAACUGGAUGAAACAACAGUGAGGCCGGGGUACCCGAAGCUCAUCCGAGAUGUCUGGGGCAUUGAGGGCCCCAUUGAUGCUGCCUUUACUCGCGUCAACUGUCAGGGAAAGACCUACCUCUUCAAGGGUAGUGAGUACUGGCGCUUUGAGGAUGGUGUCCUGGACCCAGAUUACCCCCGUGAUAUAUCAGAGGGCUUCAGUGGCAUUCCGGAUGACGUGGAUGCAGCUUUGGCUCUCCCAGCUCAUAGUUACACUGGCCAGGAGAAGGCCUACUUCUUCAAGGGGAAACAAUACUGGGAGUACGAGUUCCAGCAGCAGCCCACACAGGAGGAUUGUGAAGACAGCUCCCAGUCGGCCGUGUUCACAUACUUUGCCCAGAUGCAGCGGGACAGAUGGGAUACCAUCUUCGAGCGUCUCUUCUGGGGCCAUUCCCCUGGUGGUGCUGGAGAGCCCAUGCUCAUCAGCGAGGGCUGGCGAGGUUUGCCUGAGCAGGUGGAUGCGGCUAUGGCAGGGCGCAUCUACAUCUCAGGCUUGACUCCUCGCUCCUUGCCCAAGAAGCCCAAAUGGAAGAAGAAGCGCAACCGGAAACGCUACCGAUCACACCGAAGCCGCAACCAGAAAGGCCAGCGCAAGUCCCGCUCAAUUCUAUCUCGGUUCUGGCUGUCCUGGCCCUCCAGUGAGGAGAGUGACCUGGAAACCUUCAACUACGGGGACUACGGGGACUAUAGCAGCAUAGACUGGCUGGUGUCAACCUCUUGUGAGCCCAUCCAGAGCAUCUACUUCUUCUCAGGAGACAAAUACUACCGGGCCAAUCUUCGCACAAAGCAAGUGGACACCGUGACUCCUCCUUACCCUCGCUCCAUUGACCAAUUUUGGCUGGACUGUCCAGCCCCUGGCCACCAGUAGGAGCAUAAUCCUACUCUCCUGGCUAUCCGUCCUCCUGCUCCCAGCCCAAUAAAGCACCCUUGGCACUGUUUCA